CCUAUAAUAAUGUCGCAGAAAGCAAAAAUACGUAAUUUCAUUAUUUAUGUAUAAAUUAGGUUAAACAAUGAGCUGGACAGCUACAACUAGCAGUUUCUUAUCUAAAAGUUCUACAGCUGCACGCUUAACGGGUUACGAUGCUGAUAUGAAAGUUAGUAGAGUAUCAGCAUCCUUAGUUGAGAUUUUCAGUUGAUAAUGUCGUGACCGCAAUAAAUACGGCAUAACAACAUGAAAUUGUGUUUUGGGUUACUCCUGAUAAAAGAAGCUCAACCCAAAACAAAUGUUUUGCUGUUUAGCUUUUCGCUUCAUUUUGACAUUUCAAAUUAAGACUUGUGACGAGUGCCAACGACAGCAUAGUUUGAGUGACCAUUGAAAAGCUAUUUCGACAUUUAAAACAUUAGCAUAGUUUACCAAUAAACAUGAAGCUUGCUUUUUUUGCUCCAUUUUUUCUGGUUGUCUUUUGCCAAGCGGAAGCCAACACUGAUAGUCAGGUGAGAGGUCCCAUCAUCUGGCAAGAUGAAUUUGAAUUUCUAGACUACACCAAAUGGAUGCAUUUGAUCACUGCAUGGCGAGGCGGUAAUAACGAAUUUCAAUAUUACCAUAACCUUACCGAGAACAGUUACGUGCGUGAUGGUAUUCUGUAUAUUAAGCCAACAUUGACUGCCGACCGUUUCGGUGAGGAUUUCCUUUACAACGGCGUACUCGAUUUGAAUCAGGAAGGCUGCAAUGUAGAUUGGGAAGGAGGAUGUUACGUGGCUGCUGGGGAUGAAAUUAUCAAUCCCAUCCAAUCAGCGCGAAUGGUGACGAGUGAAUCCUUCAGCUUCACUUAUGGAACGAUCGAAGUAAGAGCUAAAAUGCCUAAAGGAGAUUGGAUAUGGCCAGCGAUAUGGAUGAAGCCGACAGAUAAUCUUUAUGGCAAUUGGCCGCGAUCAGGCGAAAUCGACAUAGUAGAAACAAAAGGAAACGCCAAUUUCUCGUGUGAUGGCAAUCCUAAUGGGCGACAAUUGGCUGGAAGUACUUUGCAUUGGGGGCCGGAUCCUAGUCAAGACAAAUGGCGAUUGAGCCACUGGGAAAAGGUCACCGAAAUUCCCGACUUUUCUUCAGAUUUUCACACUUACAGAGUGGAUUGGCUUCCGAAUGGAUUCUAUUUCUACAUUGACAAAGAACUGAUUGGUGAAAUGUUUCCCCCUGCUGGAGGAUUUUGGGAGUUGGGUGGAUUCGAUGGAGAAAAUUUGUGGAGUUCAGGCACUAUUUUAGCUCCUUUUGACCAACGCUUCCAUUUCCUGAUUAAUGUGGCUGUUGGUGGUAAUUUUUUUCCUGACGGAUGCCAAAAUGAAAAUUAUGACAAGCCAUGGGAUGCAUCCGACCCGACUCAGAUGAAAUCUUUUUGGGAAAGUCGCGAAAAUUGGUUACCCACUUGGAAUGCUGAAACGGAAGACAAUUCUAUGCAAGUUGAUUACAUUCGCGUCUACGGAUUAUGAUGUGGCAAAUCACGGCCAUCUAGUUUUUAAAUUAUUCACUAAAAUCACGGUCUUUCUGAUUGUUGAGUAUUUACAGUUUUCUAAACUGCAAUAAAAACGUACUUAUAUA